AUGGACGACUCAGAACGACGAACGGCAAAGCGGUCUCGCUUCGAUCAAACCGAACCCGAACCAAAAAGAGCCUCCAGGUUCGAUCGCCGUUCGAGGUCUCCGGCAACGCGCCGGUCCGAAGGCAGAGAUCGUAGCCCUCUCGCUGAAGACAGCUCAGGGGCCAAGAAUCCUCCUGUUGACGCCGCGGCUGCGGCAGCCGCCGCUGCCGCUCGGAUCAUUGCUGCAAUGCAAGCUCGACGAAGCGCUCAACAUGCUGACGUGCCGCCGGCCCAGGGCGUUGGCUCACCUGGCGGACAGUCAGGAGAAGCAAAGAUCUAUUCCGUCAGCAAGGAAAUGUACGUUGCUGAUGGCGACUACAUUCAGGAUAUUGAGGUCAACGACUUGAGAAAUCGUUACCUGAUCACAAAAAGCUCUACUCAAAAGAUGAUUAAAGAUGAAACCGGAGCUGAUGUUACUACGCGUGGCAAUUACUACCCCAACAAGGCCAUGGCUACGGCAGCAAAACCACCGCUCUACCUCCACAUUACCAGCACCACGAAAGAAGGCCUGGAAGCCGCUGUUGCGAAAAUCAACGAGCUUAUCAAGCAAGAGCUUCCCCAAUUGGUGGAUGAACGACGUUUCCGUCGAAGAGACCAGGAGCAACAAGAAUUGGAGCGGGAGCGGGUGGAUCGUGAUCGUGAGCAUGCGGGACGUCGUAAAUGGCCCGACGAAAAAAUAUCCAUCGACUUGGCGCCCAUUCCAGGAUUCAAUCUGCGUGCACAGAUUGUCGGCCAUGGCGGUUCCUAUGUGAAGCACAUCCAACAAGAAACUGGGUGCCGUGUCCAAAUCAAGGGCCGCGGAUCUGGAUACCUCGAAGGAGCCACAAACCGAGAAAGCGACGAAGACAUGUUCCUUCAUGUUGCGGGCCCUGAUCCUGCCAUGGUUGAAAAGGCCAAGGAACUUUGCCAAGAUUUGGUUGCCAACGUCAAGGAGCAGUAUGAGGAGUUCAAGGCUCGACCACCGCGUUACAGCGACCGAGGUGGUCACCACGGCGGAGAUCGCUACCGCGGCGGCAAUGACAGACACCAUGACCGAGGCCAUCACUCGGCCUAUGGCGGCUACGGUUCGGAACAAAACGCCUCCACCAACAGCUCUGCUCAAGGCACCAAUAGCCCUGGACAGAGUCUUGCCGACUACUCUGCCGCGUAUGCCCAGUACUACGGCGGAGCUGAUCCAUACGCCGCAUAUGGAGGUUAUGCCAAUUAUGUUGCCAUGUACCAGCAGUACUACGGAGCGCAAGGACAGGGUCAAGCUGCUGCGGGAGUACCAGGUGCCGCUCCGACGUCUGCAUCACCACCGCCGCCGCCGCCGCCUCCUAGUGAAGCCGCUCCUCCUCCACCGCCGCCGCCCAACGCCCCCCCGCCGCCGCCGCCGCCGCCUCCCCCUCCGCCAUCGGGAUCACCAGGAGGCAACUAUAACGCUGUUCCACCUCCCCAAGGCCUUUGA